AUGGCUUCCAUCUUCACUUACGACCCUGACCCGCCUCGGGUCUCCUCCCCAUGGUCGACCUCGGGCUCGUCCACUCCCCAGGCCAACCCGGUCAAUGGGCGAGGGCUCGCUAUUCGCACACGGUCUAUUUCUGCACUGGAUCGUGCCGACGCAGACUUUCUCUCUGACUAUGGAAUCACCAAACUUGAGCCGGAGCCCCAGGAAGGUCCAACGGAGUACAAGCUACACUUGCUCCUCCGGCCGCGGCGCCCGUAUCUGACCAUGUCAACUGGUCAUGUAGUUGCAGGCUCGUACCACUCUCGUGCUCAUCUGUCAUCGUCCAACUCGGCUUCGCCGGCCCAUGAUACAACUCCCAGGCCUAUGCAGGCCAAGUCGUCUCAGAGCCGCCAGCAAAGGCUGCAAGGGUUGACGACGCAGCUGCUGUGGCGGUUGCAGCAGUCAUCACCAUUUCACUCAUCCACUACGGCGAAUCUAGUUGUCCCUGUUCUGCCAGAGGCCACACCGCAAUUAGGUGUGCCUUCGAAACCGGCACGCUUGCUACCCGGUCUUGAGGAGAGCCAAGGUGCGCUCUACGAGAUUGGCGUUGCCGACGACGGCACUUUUGUCGGUCUCACUCAAGAUGAGCUUGACGAAAGCGUCACCAAUCUGCAAGCCAUGGCGGCGAGUCUCGGAUGUAAGGUUGAGAUCCUGCGCCGAGUCAUCGUCGGAAAAUGCGAGUGGGCAGAAGAUUCCCCGUCUGCACCGCCCGACCAGAGCAAGAACAACACGGAGAGCCUGUGGGUCGCAGAGGCUCUGGUCACCCCGGACUUGGAUUUCUAUAAUAUGUCCCCAGCACGGAUGCAACAGACCGCUGCCGACGAUUCCGUAGCAGAUUCCGGAGUAGAAUCUGCUUCAGAAGAAGACUACUCUCAAACUGAGCAAAUUCGUAUCUCCAUUGCCGGUCCCAGUACCGCAGGGAAAUCUUCUCUCUUGGGCACUUUGACAUCGUCUUCGUUGGACAACGGCAGAGGCAAGAGUCGGCUUAGCCUUCUUAAACACCGACAUGAGAUCACCUCAGGAAUCACCAGCUCUGUCGCCCAAGAGCUAAUUGGAUAUGCGGAAGAUACCCCGCCGAGUGUAGUCAAUUAUGCAUCUGGAAAUGUGGCCGCAUGGAAUGAUAUCCAUGCUGCCUCCACCGGGGGUCGCCUGGCCUUUGUAUCCGAUCUUCCAGGCUCAAUCCGGUAUUUGAAAUCUUCUUUGCGUGGUCUGGUUAGCUGGGCUCCACACUAUGUUAUGCUCUGCAUUCCAGCCAACUGCGGCGACGAGCUUGCAGAAGUAGAAGCUGGGACGGAUCAUAUUGCUGAGAUUGAUCUUUGUCUGGCGUACCUGGACCUCUGUCUGAAACUAGAAGUCCCCGUUCUGAUCGUCAUUACCAAGCUGGAUCUUGCUUCUCGAAGUGGAUUACGGGAUAAUCUUGCCAAAGUCCUUUCUGCUCUGAAGACGGCUGGUCGCAAGCCUGCCAUUUUGCCUGCAUCUCCUGCUGGAGACAAAGCACUUGACUUGCAACAUAUCAGUGCCCUUGACAGCAAGGAAGUGCAGAAAAUUAUCGCAACUGCAAAUGGGAAUUGGUCUCAGAUGGUUCCUAUUGUUCUUUCCAGUGCCGUCGAUGGCUCGGGCAUAGGGAAACUCCACGCUCUGCUUCGUUAUUUGCCCAUUCCAGUUCGCCCACCUCGGAGAGAACUACGGCUUCCCCAAACGCUUCCAGCGUCUUACCAGAUGACCGUAAACAUGUUCGAUGUGGACGAGGUUUUCGCCAUCCCACCAUCCAAGGUAUACUCGGUGUCGGCCGACAAGAACAACCAAGAGAGCCGCGGUAUGGUUCUCUGUGGAUUAGUUCGACACGGCAGUAUAUCAAUUGGCGACCAAAUGGUAAUUGGUCCCGUUCUUGUGGACACUUCAGACAAUACCAACGAUGCCGCACCUCUCAGCCUACUAUCACGUAGCAGCGGGCCCGGUCCAUCCAGCGAGUUCCCAGCAUCUCUCUUACAGGGCAGCCUGCCCGGCAAAGAUACCUCUUCAUUACAAGCCAAAUGGCAGCGUGUGCGCGUCGUCAGUGUCCGCGAUCUACGACUGCCCGUCCGCCGUCUAAAAGAAGACCAAGUCGGCACAAUUGGCGUCGAGCUACUGCCUUCCCCAGAGGACGGACGCCUUCCACGACUCAGCCGGAUCCGCAAAGGCAUGAUCCUGACCGACCUACAGUCACUCCCGCCAGAUAUAUUCAAUUCGCCGCUUCCAUCGACAUUACCAAUGCCCUUCCACACAGCCUUCACAGCAACAUUCCCAGCAGCCGAGUUCUCCGCACCGAACUCGCCCCCGCUCCUCCUGGGCGGGAACGCAAUUGUUUACAUUGCCAAUAUCCGCACAACAGUCAGAGUUGUCAGCAUGGCGCUCGCCGAAACAGACAACGAGCCCACCUCACCGCCGUCUCCUUCAGAACCGGAAUUCUUUAGCUUCGACGGUGAUGGGCCCUCGCCUGGUCGGGAGAAAGGUAGUGCUCAUGCCAAUGGGUCUGAUGGUGCUGUGCGCCGUCGUUCGUCGGCGACGGAUAUUAGCAAGGUUGUCUCCGAGGCGGCUGGUGUUGUGCCUGGGUCUCAUACGGAGGCCUUCCAGGAGGAUGUGAAGAUUACUUUUGCACUUGUUACCUCUGUGGAGUGGGUGGAGUUGGGCUCGCAGGUUUUGGUAAUGCCGGGUGUGUCGAUGGGGACUGCGUCGAAUGGGGUUUCGGUAGCGGGUGCGCCUGGGAAUGGGACAGUGUCGAUGUCUGGGUUGGAAGGGUUUGUUGGGAGGAUCUGUGACGUUCUUCCUGGGCGGAUUGAAGGGUGA